AUGCAUCUUAACGCGGUAUUGCCAUUCUUUCUCGCCGUAGCAGAAGCCUGGACUCCACAAUCCAGAGCUAUUGCAAAGGCCAACGGCGAGAAAAUAGCUGAGCGAUGGCUCCCAAACGAUGAUAAAAUCCGCGGCGUCAAUCUCGGUUCACAAUUCAUCAUCGAACGAUGGAUGGCUGAAGAAUCAUGGAAGAACAUGGGCUGCAGUGCCUACAACGACGAGUGGGCAUGCGUAAAAGGCAUCGGCCAAGAAAAGGCCAACGCUGCUUUCAAGAAACAUUGGGAGACUUGGAUCACAGAGGAUGACAUCAAGCAGAUCGCAAGUAUCGGUCUCAAUGCCGUUCGUAUUCCUGUUGGCUACUGGAUGUACGAGGACAUCAUCCAGAAAGGCGAAUACUGGCCUCGCGGCGGCAUCUGGCAUCUUGACCGAAUUGUGGGGUGGUGUAAGAAGCAUGGUAUCUACGCGGUUAUUGGACUUCAUUCUGCUCCUGGUAUCAGCUCACCGAACGAGCAGUUCACCGGCCAUUCCAUCCCCAAUCCUGGAUUCUAUACUGCCGAGAACUACGAACGAGCGUUCAAGUUCCUUGAGUGGAUGACCAAGCGCAUCCAUACGAACGGGAACUACACUACCGUCGGCAUGCUCGAGGUUCUGAAUGAGCCCGUCCGUGCUGGAAAGUGGAAGGCCGAGGCGGAUGACAUGAUCAAGAACUACUAUCCUGGUGCAUAUAAGCGCAUACAGGCUAUGGAGGGUUAUCUCAAGGUUCCCAAAGCCGAUCGCCUCCACAUUCAAUACAUGGGCAAAAGUUGGGGCGCAGGCGACCCAAGACAAUACCUCCCAGACGACGACCUCAUCUUCUUCGAUGCCCACCGCUAUCUAUCCUUCGACAACAGAAUCGCCGGCAACAAGAAAGCAUAUAUAGAAACCGCCUGCAAAGACAACAUGGGCCAGCACGUCUUCGUCGGUGAAUGGUCCCUGUCCGUGAACUCAACUCUCAAGAACACCGAUGAGUUCAAGAUCGAGGGCCAAGAGACAUGGUACAAAGCUUAUUGGGCCGCUCAAGCUGAGUCCUUUGAGAAGGGCGAUGGAUGGUUUUUCUGGUCCUGGAAGUGUGAUGGAGAGCUUGGCAAGAAAGAUUGGCGAUGGUGCUAUCAAGCUGCCGUUGCUGCCGGUGUUAUUCCCAAGGAUGCUGGCAAGGCCAAGAGUUUGAGCCCUUGCGCCAGCUUUUUGUUCUCUUAUAUCAACGCCAUGGCCGAUCGCUACGUCACCAUUCACGAGUCGCCCAAUGGACCAGGAGACUCUCGCCCAACAGCGAUCCAGAUUAUCAAGGAUGAAGGCCUAGAAGGAAAACUGAGCGACCAGAUCGUUUUAAUCACCGGUUGUUCCGCGGGGAUCGGUAUUGAGACCGCGAAAGCGCUGCAUCUCACUGGCGCAACUCUAUAUCUCACGGCUCGAGACCUCGAAAAGGCAAAGUCAGCCCUAGGCGACCUCGCGCAAGAUGAGCGUGUCCAUCUUCUUGAACUUGACCUGGAAUCUCUGGAGAGUGUUCGCUUGUGCGCUGCCAAGUUCUUAUCCGAGAGCCCGAAACUCAACAUCCUUAUCUGCAACGCUGGGGUCAUGUGUACACCAGAAGGACGCACGAAAGAGGGAUACGAAACCCAAUUUGGUACAAACCAUCUGGCUCACUUCCUCUUGUUCCAAUUACUCAAACCUGCUCUGGCUAAAGGUGCGACGUCUGAUCGCGCAUCACGAGUCGUCAUGCUCAGCUCACUUGCCCAUCGUUUCGGCGAAGUCAACUUCGACAACGUCAACAUGGAAGGCUGCUACGAUCCUAACAAAGCAUACUCCCAGAGCAAAACUGCCAACCUCUGGACGGCUAAUGAGAUCGAGCGGAGGUACGCUAUUGAGGGUAUCCAUGCGUGGAGUGUCCAGCCAGGCGGCGUCCUCACGGAUCUCGGCAGACAUUUAUCUGAGGAACAAAAGAGCGGCCUCGCGGUGGAUCCAUAUCUCAAGACAAUUUGGAAGCUCCCGGACCAAGGCGCAGCAACAAGUGUCUGGGCAGCUGUCGCGGAGGCUUUGGAAGGCCAAGGCGGGAAGUAUCUUGAAGACUGUCAAAUCGUCGGGAAAUGGGAUCCUUCUACUCCGCUUUAUGCAAGAGGAUAUGGGGCGCAUGCUUGUGAUACUGAGAAAGCUGCCAGACUGUGGGAUAAGUCUCUGGAGUGGGUAGUCCGACCAGCUCCACAGCAAGCCACUCAAACGACAAUGGGGAGCUGGAACCAACUGCCACAAGAAAUUCGGCGCUCCAUUCUCGACUCCCUCUAUCAGCAAUACCGUCACAAACACAUCUAUGCGGCCGUCUGCAACGAAUGGCGGACAUUCAUGGAAGAGAGAACCUUCCGCACCCUCAGAAUCACCCAGCUUCGUCUCAUGGGGUUGGAGGAUCCGCAUCUCUACUCCUUAGUGGGGAGUUUGCAUCACAUGAGGUUGUUGUAUCCGCUUCUCAUGGGGUUGAAGGAUCUGAGCCCGCGGCCACGAGCUGCGGUACAGCAUCUUUGGCUCAAUAUUGAUCUCCCGGACCCCCCUUGCGAUCGAUGUCUCGGCGGUCCCGUCCCGUUACUCCUCAACGCAAGAUUCCCACACGCAGCAUGUUACUUCUACCGACUCUUCAAAAUCCUAAGCUCUUGGAACUGUACUGAGAGAGGUUUGACGCUAGAGUUCAACGCUUGCUGCUUCCUAGAACAUGUCCACUGGCUCAAGAAUUGGUUUAUCGGCUGCCCUGGAGAAUCGCUUCGGAUACCGACGCUCACCGUCGAUCCAAGACAUCGCUUUGCACAAUCAAUAUGGGCUUCUAUUGCGCGAGCAAUGGAUUCCUGUUUUGAACCAAUAGCUCUCGCCUACCCCCUGAACUUACCCCUGGCCGUCGCAGUCACCAAGUUCGUUAUCCGUCGUUACUGUCGAAAUCGGUUCCGGCCUUCAGACAUUGCCAGACUGGUCAACGCUUGUCCCAGACUACUGCAUCUUCAUCUCGAGACGUGGGUGCCCAGCAAUGCCAGUGACAUCACAUCCCAAAACCCGACGACCGGCCUUGCACAAUAUGACUUGAUCGCGAAUAUACACCCAAGCACACUGCGAACAUUAACGGUAUUUCAAGAUUCAUGCAAUGAAUACUUGGAACUUGCUGCGCGACUUUAUGGCACCCACCGUGAUUAUGUCGACUGUCGGCUUUGGGAGAGCGAAAACACUAAACAGUUCGCCGCGAGGAGCCUUAACCUCGAGGUGUUAUCGGUUUCCUUCCUGACUUCAGCGGAAGAUUUCUUCUCACAUUGUCAAUCAGAAUCAGAUUGGAGGUGGAAAAACCUUCAAACUAUUAUCCUUACGACCAGGCACUUCAAUUGCGAUAUCAAAUCAGAAAGGGUCUCGGCCUUGCUUCAGGACGCUGCACAGGUUGCGCUGCGUAUGCCGCGUCUAGAAACCAUGGUGUUGUGGAAUGCAAACAGGAUGCAGCAUGCCACCUCGUUCACCUACCGCCGAACAAAAUUGUCUGCCACAAUUGCUUGGUGUAGCACUAUGGAUUUGGACUUCGACCGCCACACGUUACAGGCUUGGGAAGAGGUUGCAAGGAAGCAGGGGCACCCUUACCCUUACUUAUGGUCAGAAAAGAGACGGAUUCAGCCGCUAAUCAUAUCUCACGGCCACGCCAUUCGAAUCUUGGAAUUACCCCCCCAAGUCAUUGAUCCAGAGUCCCGACAGCAGAUUGAGAAAGAGUACGAGGUUCCCAAAAUCCCCUUUAUCCACCAGUUCCCUUAUUAG